UUAGCCCAAUGCCAGGUGUGUACUAUGCAUUCAACAAAUGUUAGCAAUUCUUAAUAGUACAUAAUAGUUUUAAAUCAAUGUUUUAAAUCAAUAGUUUUAAAGCAAUGUGCGUGGGCCAGGGCACUGUUCUUUCUCUGGCUUAAGGGGCAAAUGAAUAGGUUCUGGAUUUGGGCCAGUCCAUGGAAAGUCUAUGUCACCUACUGGCAUCUGUGCACUAUUUAUUUAUUCAUUUAGUACACAUUUAUCGAGCAUCAAUUAUGUGUGUAGCCCUGUGUUCAGCACAUAAUCCUUUGAUCUCGGGUGUUCGUGCAUGUCUGUGUACAAGGCUGGCACUAGCACACACAGUGCUACACCAGGAAAACCCAUUUCUCAACACUGCCUCUCCCUCCGAAACUGUGGGGAGUACUUGCCCAAGUUUGGGAGAGUCAUUUCGUGGCCAUCAGAGACUAAAAUCUAGUUCCCAGAUUAGUUUAGGAAACAGAGGCCCUUUCCAGCCCACAGUUGCCUCUGUAUUAGGGAUACAACUUGUCAGUAUGGUUUCAUCCACACACAGGUGCUCUUUUCCUUUCUGAAGAGCUGUAUUUCAAGGUUUAAUAAAGUAGCUCUUGAAUAAGUCUAGAACAGUGGUUCUCAACUCUGACUAUAUUAGAUCAUCAGGAAAGCAUUUCAAAAAUACUGAUGUUGGAGCCCCGCCCCUGACCAAUUAAGUAAGCAUUUAUGUGGGUGGAACACAGGCCUCAUAGUGUCUUUUAAAGCUCUCCAGGUGUUUCUACUAUACAGACACUCUAAUAUAUAGGCAGUGUCCUCGCAGUGCUUUCAAAAUGCUAAUGCACACUGGAUUCAUCUGGGGAUCUUGAUAAAAUGCAGAUUCUGAUUCAAUACGUUAAAUGGGGUUGGAAAGUCCCCAUAUCUAACAAACUCCCAGUUGAUGUUAAUACUGCCAAUCCCUGGACCACAUUCGGAGGUGCUCUGGGAUUCUGGUCAUCCGCUGGUCACUGGUUACUCCGGUUACAGCCAGAGGCCUGGAAGUUACUUUUUCCCUUCAUUCUCUCCUCAUCGGCACCCUACAGACUCUUGGUCACUAGGUCUUGUUAAUUCCAUCCCACCGCUGGCUGGCUCCCUACAGCUCCUAUCCUCUCUUGAUGCAGUGUUUCGCCACUCUCCUCCCUGUUCACCCACCAUCACUCCCCAUCCUGGCUGUGUUCUCUGCUAGACUGCCUCCUGAUGGGGCUUUCUCAUUCCUUCUUGCCUCUGCCCAUGUUGUUUUUACUCCGAAGAAAGUCCUUCCAGUCCUUGAUCUCUUAAGAGACCACACCAUCCCUGGAUUUCCUCUCUGCCUGCACCAAUCACCUAUGACGAUUGUCUAGGAACAAUAUGCCCUUCUGGUUCGUUUCUGCCCUGCUCAGCGCCUAUCAUGCUCUCAGAAAAGUCACUAAAGUAACAAACAAAACCCUAACUCUGAAUAAGCAAGGCCAAACUAAGACCUCAGCUGCUCUCCUUCUGAUCAAAAUGAACAUUCCUUUGAGAUUAUGCAUCAGGCUUUAAACUCGCUACUGGGAAAAAAAAAAGUUGAUCAAAUUUAGCCAAGUGAGUACUUACUUCCUGUCUGGGUCGGAUGGCUUAAUACAGGCUCAAAAGUAGGCAACGGGACAGGAAUGAGAGGAUGGAUGCUGGCAGGAGCUUGAAGAUCCUAAGAAGCCAACUUGAGCCAACCAAGAUUCAAAACCUGUACUGCCUGAGACCAACAUCACCCGGGAUGAACUGUUCUUGCCAGAGACUCCUCUGUUCCUGACAGCACACCUCUCCCCAGAAGAGAAGAGGGAGGGGCCCCACUGAUCCAGCUCCAGCUUCUCCAGGAGGCGCUCCGGAUGCCACGUGGAGGCCGCGCUUCUGCCACAGCACGGUGUCGGAGCCGGUGAUUGGGAGCCUGCAGAAAUGGCUUUACUCAGCAACAUCCUAGCAGCCUAUUCCUUUGUCUCAGAAAACCCUGAGCGAGCAGCUCUGUACUUUGUUUCUGGCGUGUGCAUCGGGCUGGUCCUCACCCUGGCUGCCCUGGUGAUGAGGAUCUCUUGCCACACGGAUUGCCGGCGGCGUCCCCGGAAGAAGUACCUGCAGGACCAAGACAGCAGCAGCGACAGCAGCGACAGCGAGGAUGGCAGCUCGGACACAGCAUCUGACAUCUCUGUCCGGAGACACCGCCGCUUCGAGAGGAGUUUGAAUAAGAACGUGUUCACAUCUGCAGAGGAGCUGGAGCGCGCGCAGCGUCUGGAGGAGCGGGAGCGCAUCAUCAGGGAGAUCUGGAUGAAUGGCCAGCCAGAGGUGCCGGGGACCAGGAGCCUGAACCGCUACUAUUAGGGGCAGGACUGCUGGAAGGCCCCCGGAAGGGAGAGGGGCCUCAGGGAGGGUCGGCACAGAGAGCUGAACGCAGUUCUGCUAAGGUUACUGCUGGCUCCUCUGAUAAGCAGAACCACCCCCGUUGUCUCCUUUGUGAUGAAAUUUAUGGAGCAGUAGAAAAACCCAGUUGGUUCAUCAUCCUUUCCAGGCCUUGGAAUGGUGCUGAAAAACCCUCUCCCACCAUGUGGAUGGAGAGUAGAGAAACAGGACUAUGGUUUCUCUUGAUUUCUGAGGAUCUCAGAGUUUCUACAGACUUCAUUGCUAUGUGUUAUUCCUUUACAAAAGGAAAGGUGGUCAUAGCGUGAGGGCGGCUAGGAACAGCAGGGUGAACUUAACCCAGUAAAUGCAAUUUUCUAAGUGACUCCAUGCUGUGGAAGUGGUUCUGAUCCAAAUAGCAUGAGCCAUGCUUAUUAUUUAAGGCUGAUUUUUAAAAAUCUUGUGUUGCAAUGGCAACCUCGUCCAUUUGAACUGGCACCUCAGGGAUUAAAAUCCAAUUUUUAAUAUAGUUCCCACCUCAUUCAUGAAAAUGAAUAGAAUUAAUGUAUUAUGGGAGAUGUGUCAGUGAACUAGACAAUGACAGUAACCUCAAAGGAUGAAGGGUUUUAUUUUAAAUAGUUUAUAAGAUAUCUAUUAAUAUGCAUGUUUGAACAUGCUGCAUAAGAAUAAAAGCUGUGUUUUUUUUCCCUUUUGGAGACAAGAAAAUUUUGUUAUGACUCUAGAUAAUCAUGAUUUCAAACAUUUUGUUUAAAAAAGAAAAAUCCAAGUUUGGAUUGCCUAGAAAAGAAUGGGAAUGGGAGGUGAGGAAUAAAGCCAAAAUUAGGAUGGGAUAAAAAAAUAAAUGUUGCAUAAAAUC